AUGGAAGCCAAUAUAACAACCAAAGGCAAUGAAAAACUUUUACGGUUUUCGCAUGGUGCGAUAUUAGAAGAAGGACGAAAUAUAGUAAAUGUAGAUAAUAACAAAUAUUUAAGGAAAUAUAAAUGGUGGGAAGGAUUUACAAAACCAAAAGAUGCCUUUAACCCUCAAAAAACAAAAGGGUUUUUAAUUUUAAAAUUACAUUUACACGAAUAUUUAAAUAAAAUUUCCUCUGUUCGAUCUAAUAACGACGAUGAUUUAAUGUAUCCUUAUUUAAAAAUAUUAUUAAACAAUGUGGAAGUUUAUAGGUCAAGAAUUUUGGAUAAUAAUCUAAACAUAUGGGAUGAAGAAUUAUAUUUGGAAAUCCAUUAUAUUAAAAGUAAGGUCGAAAUACAAUUAUAUGAUAUGGAUGAGACAGAUGAAAUAGUUGAAGAUGAAUAUAUUGGUAGUGCAUUAAUUGAUUUGACAUAUUUAAAAGAAUCAAAAGAAUAUGACAUGACCAUAAAAUAUAUAAAUCAAACUGCAACAAUAAUAAAUACACAUGCUUAUAAAAAGGGCAUAUCAAAUAAUACUAAUAUGAGUAAAGAAAAUGAAAAGGUUACCCCAAAAAAAAACGAUGAGCAAACUUAUAAUAUUCUCGAAAAAAAUAGUUUUAGUAAUAAUAACAUUAAAAGUUUGAAAAAAACAUACAAAGAGCCCAAUGAAUAUAGUGUUCAUAUAAUUGCAAAAUUAAUAAAUAAAAAAAAAUACAAUGUUUUUAGUUAUAUAUUAAAUUCAAUGUCAUCAUUAAACUAUCGAUGCAUAGAUAAAACCAGAGGAAUAUUAGAUGCCGAAUUAAAUGUAAAUAAGCUGUAUGAAGAAUUAAAAGUUAUUAAAUUCAAUGCAGAUACAAUUUGGAUACCAUUUUAUUCUAUAAUAUGCAAUUUUACUUCUUGGAAAACACCCAUAUAUUCAGUAUUUUUUGUUAUAUUUUUUCUACUAUCUUUUAUAUUUUCCAAAUUAUUUAUCUCGUUUUUUUUAUUAGUUUUAAGUUUAAUACUUUUUAUUUUAGUAUCAAUUGUUAGAGAAAGUUAUAAGUUAAGAAGGGAAAAAAAUAAUAAAAUCAUAAAAUACGAUGCUCAAAAAAGAAACAAAUAUUAUUUUAUGCGCAUUUUGAAACAAAACAAAACUGAUCAAUUUAAAUUACCAAAUGAAAAAAAUCAAAAAAAUGGACACUUAAAUACAUGUGAUAGUAUAUCUAACGGAAGCAUAAAUAGUGAUACUAAAAGUUAUAAUAGUGAUAGCUCUAUUAGUGAUAGUGAAAGCUGUAGUAGCUCAAACAAUAGUAGUACUGAGAGUAAUGAAGAAAAUGGAAGUGUUAAAAGUUUUUUUGUGGAAAAUAGAAAUAACGAAGAUUCUGGUGAGGGUUUAGAUUCUAAAAGUUAUACUGAACCAAAUGAAUUCAAUAAAAAUAUGCGAAUUAAUAAUGUAGGGGGAAAUGAAAAAGAUAAAAAAAAACAUAAAUUGGAUACAACCAAAAAUAAAAACAAAAAUAUAGAUUCUAAUAAUGUAGACAAAAAUAAUAAUAAUGACCUCUGUAGUGAAGAAAGUAGCAAUGAUACAUAUGAUUCUAUGAGUAGUCUAUCUACAUAUAUGGAUGAUGAUAAUGGAGAUAAUUAUGAUAAGAAAAAAAGAUGCAAUAAUAAUAGUGAUAAUAAUAAUCCAAAUAAACAUUCAGAAAACAAUUUACAAAUUAUUAAAACAUUUAUUUCUAAUCUUAUUGACGAAGAUAUUAUAAAUAAUAUAAAAUAUUUUCAUUAUAUGGUUCACCGUUUUUCUAUAUGGUCAAAUACAUUUUAUUAUAUUUUAAGAAAAUUUGGUUACUUCCUUAUUAUUAUUACAUUACUAUUUUCUUGUCUCAAUAUUUAUUUUUAUUCAUUUGUUUCAAGAUGUUUAAGAUCUAUAGGUUGUUUUGUUGGUUUUGUUUUGUUGACAUAUAAUUUUAAGCCAACUCAUAUUGUAUAUAAGUUUUUUUUAUGCAUAUAUGAGUACUAUUUAUUGAAAAUACGUCGAAGAAACGUUGACAUAUUUACCAUUUAA